GAUAACACUGUCCGGCUGUGGGAUGCAGCGAUGGGACAGCCAUUGGGUGAGCCCUUCCGGGGGCACACCAAAGUGGUUCAGUCAGUCUCGUUCUCACUGGAUGGUACUCACAUCGCAUCUGGUUCUCGGGAUAACACUGUUCGGCUGUGGGAUGCAGCGACGGGACAGCCAUUGGGUGAGCCCUUCCGAGGGCACACUUCUGCUGUUUGCUCGGUUUCGUUCUCACCGGAUGGUACUCGUAUCGUGUCUGGUUCGAACGAUCAUACUGUCCGGUUGUGGGAUGCAGCGAUGCAGCAGCACACCAAGAUACAUUCCUCCGCACACUCUCUAGAUAUAGUGCCUCGCAAGCACGAGAGUCCUGUUGUAUCAACCAGCACUCAGAAAGAUCACUUCAUUUGCUUCUCAUCCACCUUAAGACACGCGCUGCGCAACCCUGCUGACCUGUUUGAGGGUAACUUCCAUCACGAUUCUGAUUCAACCCCUUUCUUGCUGCAUGCUGAUGGAUGGAUGAUGGGACCCAAUCGUCGGCUCCUCUUCUGGGUACCUCCAGCUUCCCGAUACGCAUUUUAUUCUCCUGGCACUGCAAUGGUGAUCCCGAGAGGACACACUGAGCUUGAUUUGAGCACAAUGGAACAUGGAACACGCUGGUCGAAUUGCCGAGAUGCGUGA